AUGGCGGAUACUCGCGACAUGGCGGCGCCGUCGCCGCAGCCCGACCUCACAAGGAACAGGCUGCCGACGCUUUUCGAGGUGCUCAGCCGGCGCACGCUUCCGCCCGUCGACUUGUUUUCGUUUUACAUCUACAUGCGAGACCAGCAGCGGUCGGUGGACUACCUGGAUUUCUGGUUGGACGUAGCGCAACACAUGUCGUUGUGUCGUCAUUAUGUGCGCGAACUUCGACGUUCUGUUCUCGUCGCUACGCCCGACAUGGAGAAGAACGGCUCCAAGCGGUCGUCCAUGAUCCUCGAACAGAUGGGCGACCUGGAGCCGCGCGCAGCCGGUCCGUCCAUGUUCUCAACGGAAAAGGAGCGAAACCAGGAUGCGCAGAUGUCGGCGUUCCUGCGUGAGGACCAAAGCCACGACUCGCCCCAGAGCGGCUCCGGCCCCAUGCGACCAAGCCCCAAAUUCAGCAGUCCGCGCGACGUGACCGACUCGAACUCGCCCUCUCACACUGUAAAUCGUCAGGAUAUCAGAGCGUCCGCGGAGAAGAUCCUGUACACGUUCCUCCUCCCUGGAGCCGAGCGAGAGAUCACGCUCCCGGGCUCCAUCACGCAUGACGUGACGACCGCGAUUGAGGAGCAGGGCCGCGACGACCCAGAAGUUUUCGACGUCGCCAAAGACUACGUCUUCCAGGCCAUGGAGCGCGACGCCUUCCCGGGCUUCCUGCGCAUGAAGGCACUGGGCAACCUGAUUCCGCCGACACUGGUCAUGCGCUUGAUAAUCGGCUUGGUCUCCAUGUUUGGUGCUUUCUGGGCGGCUUUCAUUCUCAUCUUCCUCGACAAGUCGCGCGCAACGAAGUGCUGGCUCAUCCUGCCAUUCUCCGUUGGCGUCUAUUUCCUGGCGUCGUAUCAGUAUUCCUUGGAUCCAAUCAUGGCGUUGGUCGGCCUCAGCGAGUACACGCCUUUCAACUUUUCGCGGGUCCGCGAGCCUUACGUCCGCCAGCUCCUGGCCAAGCGCGCCGUCAUGGUUUUGGCCGUCACGGCUCUCAUCGAUGCGGCACUUUGCGUUCUCUUCAUUCUCGUCCCGGGCAAGCGUCUCUGA